AUGUUGGAAAAAACCUUGAAUAUCCCUCUUAAAGAAUAUGCUAAUACUAGUUGGAAGGAAAAUUAUACUAAAAAAAUAAAGAAACUUGAAGAAUAUGAAGAAAACAAGAAUUUUUUACAACUAACAAGUUUUCGUCUUGGAGAUUCAAGAGCAAACGAUGAAUUGGAAAAAUUAUUUAGCGAGGAUAAAGACACUGAAAACUUUUAUCAUGGUGAAAGAGUUCUCAAAUUCCAAGAAUUAAGCCGCAGCGAUAAGCAAGAAGCCCGCCGGAAAAAAAUUGGCGAUAAAGGUCAACAUAGCAUUCGUUUAGGUGAUAAAGAUUUACAUCCCAUUCACCCUGGCGAGAUAUUGCGAGAGGAAUUAUUAAAAACUUAUCAGAUUACUCCGCAACAAUUAGCCCAAAGUAUUAAAGUGGAGGAAAACAUUGUUAAAGAAAUAGUUGCAGAAAAGAGAGAUAUUACUCCGGAAAUUUCUUAUCGUCUAG